AUCUGUUUUGUUUUCUUUUCAGAUCCGGGAGUGUAGCAGACAACUGGUUUGAGAUCUAUAAUUUUGUAAAACUACUCACAGAAAGAUUUGUGAGCCCCCGGAUGAGAAUAUCCUAUAUAGUGUUUUCCACAAAAUCAGAGGUCAUUCUGCCACUAACUGGAGACAGAAACAAAAUCACAGAAGGCCUUGAGGCUUUAAGUAAGGUGAAGCCAGCGGGUGAUACAUACAUACAUGAAGGAUUAAAAGAAGCUAAUAUCAAAAUUGAACAAAUGGGGGGCUCAAAAUCCGCUAGUACAAUAAUUGCACUGACAGAUGGUAAAUUGGAAGGUCAGAUCCCCUUGUAUGCAGAAAAAGAGGCAAAUAAGGCCAGAAACUUGGGAGCUAGAGUUUACUGUGUUGGAGUCCUUGAUUUUAGACAAGAUCAGCUUGAAAAAAUUGCUGAUACAAAAGAUCAGGUCUUCCCUGUGACCGGAGGAUUCCAAGCACUGAAAGGAAUAAUUAAUUCUAUCUUGGAACAGUCAUGCACAGAGGUAUUACACUUGGAACCAUCCAGUGUUUGUGUAGGAGAGGAGUUUCAAGUUGUCCUCAGAGGAAGCGGCCUCAAACUGGGCAGAAACAAGGAUAGUGUUACCUGCACCUACUCUGUAAAUGGCACUAUAAUUAAUGAAAAAGCAAUACAAGUGGAAUCAAAGUUUAUUCUCUGUCCAGCACCUGUCUUGCAUAACGGUGGCGAAAUAAUGGAAGUUCAAGUGAGUUUGAAUGGACAGUCUUUCUUCACUGACUCAUUAACAAUUACUGCUUCAGAAUGUUCUAAUGGUAUAGCAGCACUUAUCGCUGUUCUUAUACUGUUACUUUUGGUGGCUCUUGGUCUCUUCUGGUGGUUCUGGCCUCUUUGCUGCAAAGUGGUCAUAAAGGAUCCUCCUCCACCACCCCCAGCACCAAAAGAGGAAGAAGACGAAGAAGAUCCUUUACCUCCCAAAAAAUGGCCGACAGUGGAUGCUUCCUACUAUGGUGGACGAGGAGUUGGAGGAAUUAAAAGAAUGGAGGUUCGCUGGGGUGAUAAAGGAUCCACUGAAGAAGGAGCUAGGUUAGAGAAAGCCAAAAAUGCUGUGGUGACAAUACCAGAAGAACCAGAUAUUCCCAUUCAACCCAAACCUCCUAAAUCCAAGCCUACCUCACCAGCUAUUCAGGAGAAGUGGUACACUCCAAUUAAGGGUCGACUAGAUGCACUGUGGGCUCUAUUACGACGGCAGUAUGACAGAGUUUCUCUGAUGCGACCCCAGCAAGGAGAUGAGGGCCGAUGUGUUAACUUCACCCGAGUUCAAAGUCAGUAAAGAAGGCUACAAGAAUGAAAUACUGCCACAUUACCACUUUUCUACCUGCCAAAGACAACUGAGGAUUACCUUGAAUUUCUUGGAUUAACUUCAGAUUCUCAGCUCAGAAGGAUUCUUCCACAAGCCAGUAUUACCAUACCAAUGUUUUUCUACGUUACAUUAACACUCUGUGAUUUGUAACAGUGACAUGAAGAGGAGCAUUGACUUGCAUGCCUGUAAUUUGAAAGAGUCCAGUAUGCAUGUGUGGGGAGAGGAAAAAACAACCAAAGAUGAUCAUUUAAAAAAAAAAAAAAAAAAAGACUUCCAGUUCUCAGGACACAAUAUGCUUUUAGCCGAGAUAUGAUGUCUCUCAGAUGCAAAGACAGCAUUUGUUAUUUAAAUAGGGACUAUUAGCCAUAGGCAGAGGAUAAAAAUUCCCACCAGGCUAAGCAAAUGCAAAAGUUCGUUGCCUUACAGCGAUGUCAGAUCACAAAAUCUUUCUGAGUACCCCAUCGCACUGUGCCUUACGGGAACCUUCUGACUGGAAAUCUUGUCAUUCUAACGCUGAAAAGUGCACACGCAUGACAAAAUGUAGACAGGGUGCCUCAAGGUAUUGGUAGCAAGCAAGACUUUGCCCUUUAGUUUUUCGAGACACCUUUCUUUCAUUAUGCACCCAGGACAGGAAGAAAAUUAAUAGAGCGUUAUUCUAUAGGAAGACAGCCUGUAACCAGAGAUCUUGAGCAGAGUUUGAGGGACUGAUGCUUCAAGACCUUGACACUGUGGCUGGUGGUUUUUUCCCCUUUCCUGCAUUCAGAGUUCAGUAGCGCAUAAAACAUCAUCAUCUAUAAACAUACCUAGCAGUUCUAGGCUUAUGUAUUUUUUUUUUUUUUUUU